CACGUUUGAUACAAGAUGGCGGCGAAGAUCCUGCUGUUGAACAUUUGUAUACUGAGUUUGCAGACCCUGUGGUGCGAGGGUUUCUACAUACCUGGUGUAGCUCCUGUAGAGUUUAACAAAGGGGACGAUGUGGAUGUAAAGGUUGGUAUUAUUUUUAACGGACAUCAGGGGGGUAGUUUUCAAACUAACAGUGUUGAGACCAGUCUAGAAUAUUACAGGUUCCAUUCUGUGAACAGAGGAGGGACAAUAAAGCCAGAAAAUCUCGGUGAAGUGUUAAGAGGAGACAGGAUUGUUUCAACAGCCUACAAGAUUAAGGCACUGGAAGACCAGACUUGUAAAGUACUGUGUCCAGGUGACAGUGCUACCAAGCUGACACUGAAACAGGCCAAGAUCCUCAUUGACUUGAUCAAAAAUGAUUACUAUGUCCAUCUGCUGGUUGAUAAUUUACCAUGUGCUACAAAGUUUGCUCUACUGGACACCAAGGAGAUCCAGUAUGAACAUGGAUACAGACUUGGCUUUGAGAAGGACGGCAAGGCUUACUUGAACAACCACCUGAAGAUUUUGUUGAAGUAUCAUUUUGAUGUCAAUAGCCAGACAAACAGAGUAGUUGGGUUUGAGGUAGCCCCAGAAAGUCGUGCUACUACAGACUACGAGGUUAAGGAUGGAGCAUGUUCAAGUAAAGCCAGCCUUGCUAAAUCUGACCCAACUCCUCUGCUUGUUGAGGCUAAAGAGGGAACGGAAGUACUUUUCACAUAUGAGGUGCAAUGGGAACAGAGUGACAUCAUCUGGGCCUCACGAUGGGACACAUACCUUGCUAUGAGUGAUGUACAGAUUCAUUGGUUCUCCAUCAUUAACUCUGUGGUGGUAGUCUUCUUUCUCUCAGGUAUAUUGACAAUGAUCAUGAUCAGAACAUUGAGGAAAGACAUUGCAAAAUAUAACAGAGAUGAAGAUUUGGAAGAAACCUUGGAAGAGACAGGAUGGAAACUUGUGCAUGGAGAUGUUUUCAGACCACCAAGGUUCAACAAGCUACUGGCUUCACUUCUUGGUGCCGGAAUACAGAUCUUCUUUAUGGCAUUAAUUACAGUUGCAUUUGCGAUGUUGGGUAUGUUGUCACCAGCAUCUAGAGGAGCCCUGAUGACUGCUGCACUCUUCCUCUUUGUCUUUAUGGGGUUAAUUGCUGGGUAUUUUGCUGCAAGAAUUUACAAAACUAUGAAAGGCACACAAUGGAAACAAUCAGCAUUACAGACAGCAACAUUGUACCCUGGUCUGGUGUUUGGAGCAUGCUUCGUACUGAACUUCUUCAUCUGGGGCAAACAUUCCUCAGGAGCUGUACCAUUCACAACAAUGUUGGCUCUACUGUGUAUGUGGUUUGGAAUCUCAGUACCACUUGUGUUCCUAGGAUAUUACUUCGGGUUUAGAAAACAGGCUUAUCAGCAUCCAGUAAGAACCAAUCAGAUUCCAAGACAAGUUCCUGAACAGCAGUGGUACAUGUCACCUGGUCUUAGCAUUCUGAUGGCAGGUAUACUACCAUUUGGAGCUAUGUUCAUUGAACUGUUCUUCAUAUUCACUGCAAUCUGGGAGAAUCAGUUCUACUACCUAUUUGGCUUCCUGUUUUUAGUGUUUGUUAUUCUCAUCAUAUCUGUAUCACAAAUCUCAAUCGUGAUGGUGUACUUCCAGUUGUGUGGUGAGGACUAUCACUGGUGGUGGAGAUCAUUUAUUGUGUCAGGAGGAUCAGCUGUGUAUAUAUUUGCUUACUCAAUAUUCUACUUCAUGACAAAGUUGGAGAUCACAGCUUUUGUAUCAACAUUACUAUAUUUCGGCUACACACUGUUGAUGGUGUUAACAUUCUGGUUGCUAACAGGAAGCGUUGGUUUCUAUGCAGCGUACUGGUUCAUACGAAAAAUUUAUAGUGCCAUCAAGAUAGAUUAACAUCAAAGAGAUCCUAGGAUUUUAACAAAUUUCUUCUUCAUUAUGACUUAGUACACACAUACUCCAGUCUGUAUUAGCAGUCAUGUUUAAGAACACUUACAGCAUCUUAUUAGAAAACAUUUUCAGCAUAAUUUUAGGCUCUGUUACCUGUUAAAAAUGUUCCUGAACAUCUUUUGGGAUACUUACUUCAUUCACAAGUGACAGAUAUAACGCUACAAGAGGAAUUGUUUCUUCACAGGUGGGGGGCGGGGUUCACAAGAGGCAGUGCUUGCUUCACAGGUGGUAGUGCUUCCUUCGCAGGUGGUAGUGCUUCCUUCACAAGAGAAAGUGCUUACUUCACAAAAGGUGAUAUUACAUUUACAAAAGGAUGUGUUUAUCCUAAAGCGAGAAUGUUGACAUCAUGAGGAAAUUUAAAAUUACAAGAGUGAAGGGGAAGUAAUCUUCACAAGACAGUUCUUAAAUAAUGACCGUUAAUACUGCUUGGGCUGUUUUUCUUUUAACACAAUACUUAGAGACUACAGCAUGUAGAGAAAUUACUUCAUCAUAACUGAAGUUCUGUGGGGAAAAAAGUGACGGGGGUUCUAAGUUAUUGAUGAUAGAUAACAAAGUUUUACGUCGUUAUCUUCAACAGUGGGUUGAUUUUAAGGGGUUUUAUUCCAAGACAGGUUGGCAAUAUGUGAUAUAGUGUGUUACAUGUGAAAGGAAGGGAUACCUGUUCUUACAUGUAUGGUGGAAUUCAGUACUUGUCAUGUAUAUAUGCAGUUUUUUGUUGUUUGAUCGAAAUUCUUAUUUCAUUUCACAGAAUUAUGUGUACUUUUUGUCUUAGUUUUGUAUUUCAUAAAUGAACUUGUAUCAUUCUUUCAAAAAAAAUGACAGAAGUUGGAAUGCCUUUUAAAUACAUGUAUCAGUUUUGACAAUAUUAAAUACUAGUUUUGAGAAUAGAAUUGUACUGAACUAUUUGUGAACAGAGUGCAAUAGUUAUCAUUUACAUGCAAAUUCUGAAGUAAAAAUGCGGUCUUACAAUAGGGCUUUCCAAAUUCAUUUAAAAUGCCACACAUAUAUGGUAUUUAUUUUCUUUCAUUAAGAAUUAAUAAAUUAUGUACACACAUUGAUGUCAAACUUUCUUUUAUUUCAUUUACAAUGCUUGCAUUUGAAAUUUACUGAUUAAUUAUAUAUUUACAUAUUUAACACUUUUUCCUGAAUGUGAGAGUAGAGAAGUAGGAAUCAGUUUGCUUACCAGAUUCUGCCUAAUCUAGCUGUCAAGUUUUUUUUGAGUUCCUACUUAUGAAGUCGGUACUAAGUACCGAUACGUCAAUACUUGAUCUAUAUCAAGGCAAAAAGCACUGCAUGAUGAAAUCCGGGUAGUUGGUUCGAUUGAAAUGCCUGCUGAGAUCUCCACCAUUGAAAGCUGGAAAGCUGUUGGAUGAGUUAAACUGCUUCUGUGUUAUUUAAAACCAACAGAACAAAGAAUAUAAGAGUCUUUCACUGGUUGAGGGUACAGCUGGGAAUAUCUGGCUAGAAGGUAACUGUUUAGGCAAUUACAAGGCUCUGUCAAGUUACCACAAAAGAGACGCCCUCAAGCCAGAUAUUUCCAUCCAUACUUCCAACUAGUGGUAGGUUCUUAUUCUUGCCUGCUGUAUUUCUCAAUUGAUGGAAGAA